GUUAGACCUCGUCAAGAAUAAGACGAUCAGUAACGCGUCGGCCAGUUCCCGAGGAAAAUACCCGGAGCAACGAUCAUUCGGACUCCGUGAACAAAACACAUGAACAAUCCGGGAGGUGAAAAAUGGCGGCCCAUGGCCAUCUCGAAUCCAUCGACUCGAUUGCGUAUGGCACGGACCAUGCCCCAUUGGGUAUUGGCACAACAACAGAAGGAUACGGAAGAACAGAAGGAACGAAUACCAACCCCACCAAAGAUACCACCACCUUCCCUUUCCGGAGAUUGUGGUGACCCAGAUUACGAAAUCAUCGAAUUCCCGAUCCGAGGAACACCCCAGAAAACAAAUCCAAUGUCGAGUAACAACCUAACGUCGUCCGUUAUGAAGCAUAACAAAUGUGCAUUAUGCGGUACAGAAAAUGUUUUUGCAAGAUGCGACACCUGCAAAGAGAAUUAUUGCGAAGCAUGCGAUGACAUGAAUCACAAACAUCCCAAGAGAAGGUCUCACGUUAGAAGGAGGAUCAUGACUGAGACUGCUGCUAAAAAUCGACCACCUUUACCACCAAAAGGUGAAAAUCUAGCUGGUCCACCUCCCGUACCACCGCCCAGAAGAAAUCGCAAAAGCACUCAGGCCAAACUCACGCAGAAUCAAGGAGCUACGAAUCGAUCAUUGAUCGAUAAAGGUGGAAGUACCAAGAGAAGUGAUCUUUCCAACACUAGUGAUGGAUCAUCCAUGACAACUAGGGACACUAAUUUUCAAGGAUCGAAGAUUACACGAUCUACAAAUAAUACAACGAUCGAAGGAUCGGGAUCGAGUACCGACAAGAUGUCUACUUUACAGGAAAGAUACAGAAGAUACCAGGAAGCAAUGAGAGCACAAGAUGCAAAUCGACGAAGACGUACACCAUCGGAUGCUUCUUCAAGAGACACAACCAGUUCCAGGCCAGUAAGCAUUGGUAGUAAUAAAGGGACACCAUCUUUACAACAUCAACAACCAUUACCACCACCACCACCACCUCCCAGAUCAAUGAUGCAAUCUACAAGCGUGUGUGAUCUAUCAGCACCCCAUAUGUGGAAUCUUGGAAUGCAUCAGGCACAAUCUAUGGCACAAUUAAGUCCAAGUGGAAUGCCAUUAAUGUGGUACCCAACUAACAAUCCUUGGGAUGGUUCGAUCAGUGGUUCAACUUUGAGUUUAAAUCAUCCACCAACACCUUUAUGGGCAUAUCCCAUGGGAUAUCAUCAUCCUUCUCAAAUGUUACCGCCCCAUUAUCCAGGAACUUUAUCAAGGGCUCAUAGUCCAGCUAGAAGUUUAAAAUCACAUAACAGAAGAUCAAGACCACCAUCACCAUCACCUAGUAUUAAAUCACGAAAGUCUAUCGUUUCUAGAUCGAGAUCAAGAAUUUCCCCAGGAUCACCUUCCGAUGCUAGUUCAGAAGAUUCUGAGGAAUCUGAUUUUGAUGAUAGACUUUCUUCACGUGGAUCCAGAAGCAUUAGAAGGGGUAGUAGCGUUUCAAGAAGUAACAGGCAGAGAAGUUAUCAAGAUAAUGAUUCUUCUAGGAAUUUGUUAGCUCGAUCACGUCGAGAGAGGUUAACAUCUGAAGAUAGGAUGACCAGCAACGAGGAACAAUGGUCUGAAAAUCAAUCGAGCAGACGUUAUUCGAUGUCCUCAUCUACUCGAGGUUACGAGGAUUCACGUAGUAGGAACACAAUAGAUUCUCGAUUGAGAAAAAUUGAAAAUGGAAGUUACCGUGAUGAUCAACGACGUGAAUCAAGGCGUAGACAUAAAAGUACGGACGAUGAAUUGUCCGAUAGAAAAUCUAAUCCGACGAUGACAACAGGUAAAACGAGAAUCACCAGUUCUUCGGAUGAUCAUUUUGAAAGAUCGGAUGAUAAACGUACGAGUUUGUUUUACAACGAUGAGGAAGAGGAGGAGGAUGAAAUAUUAUCGAAGAAAAAUUCAUUUCGUGGAAAAAUCAAAGAUGACGAUUCGAGAAGAUCUGUCGAUCAGAAACUUUCCAGAAAAACUUCAAUCGAAUUGGAUACAAAACAUUUGGAUUUGUCUCGUAAUUCAACCUUGAAACGAGACAUGGCGGAUUACGAAUCAUCUGAACGUUAUUCAUCACGUUCUUCUAUUAGAAAUGAAAAAUUAAGAAACAUAUCUUCCAAAAGAAGAACAUCGUCCUCGUCGUCCUUUAAAAAAGAAGACUCGGUUGAUCAAACGUUAGAAAAUGAUACGAGAAAGAUGUUAUUACGAAAAAAGGAAGAAGAAAAUGAUAGGAUACCUCCUACAAAGAAUAAAAGUUCAGAUCAAGGAACCCAAGUGAUCAAAGACAAUGACAAUUCGAUUGAAUUAAUUGAGAAAAUAUCUAACUCAAAUAACAAGGAUGCUACCUUGAGAAAAUCUCGUGAAAAAAAUGUUAAAGGUACAAUCGAAUUACCCAAAGAUGAAUGGCCAUGUGAACAUUGUACAUUCAUUAACAAAAUUACUGAAAAAGUUUGCGUGAUUUGUUGCAAAACCAGAAGCAGUGCUUUGCCACCACCUGAUGAAAAUACAUCAGAAAAUAAUGAAACAAACAUUGAAGAAAUUUCACGAGCUAUUGAAAAUGUUGACAAACAAGUGUCCAAUAAUAACAGUGAAGAUCCUAAUCCUGAUUUGGAAAAGAAAACAAAUCUAUUGAAAAUUUCUAAUAGCGAGGAAAGUGGUGACAGUGGAUCUGCUAAGAACAAAGAUGUAAGAAGCCUGGCAGAAAAUUCGACAGAAAUAAUAAACGAUGUUAAAUUAUCGGAAGAAAUUGCAAUUAAAUUUGAUAAAAAAGAAGAUGAAAAUUUAAGAACUCAGACACCAUCGAGCACUUCAACAACAUUAUCCUUGUCAAAAGGAACAACUCCAGAAAAUAUUGAUGAAUCUGUUCGACAAAUUCAACAAAAAUUAUUUCAAUUGAAUGAAAUAAACGAACAACAAACUCGUAAAGUUUCAACUGGAACUUCUCCACCACCUCAAAGUAUCUCAACUCAAACUUACGAUUAUCUUCCACGUGGUGGUAGUGGUACACUACAUAGAUCAUUGUCAACUUCUAAAGGAUUUUUAUCUUACGAAGAUAGCGAGGCAGAGCAUAUGUUACAGGAAGCAAACCGAUUUACAAAUAGUCCCGAUCUUUAUCCGAGAACAAUACAAGAACAAUAUCUACGUCAAACGAUAUCAAGUCAAUGCAGAGAUCGUACACGAAGAAAUUCCAUCGAUUCGAGCCAUCUUUAUUAUCGAUCUAGGGAACCAAGUCAACCAAGAUACAUUACAGAAGCAGGUCCUAGUACGUCAUCUCAAGGAGUAUCCACGUUGACUCGUCAAGGGUUAGAAAUUGUCGAACUUUUGCGAGAAGCUGAAAGACAAGGAUUUUCGACAGACGACGUACAAGUUGCCCUAUCACAAAAUGCAUCCAAUCCUUUGGAAUGGUUAAAAACACAAUGGCCACAUUCCAUUGAAGCUGUUCAAAUUUUGGUAAGCACUCAAGGAAAGGAACAAAGGGAAAAUAAUAUCGGUGUCAUUUCUGUCAACGAAGCUAAGGAUGCAUUGAGAACAUGCAAAGGUGACGUUUGGAAUGCUGUCACCAUUGCUGCUCAACGUAGACAACACAAGACGGCAGAAAUUUUGACAAAGGGCAAUUUUACAAUGGCAGAUGUUGUCAAAGCACUUGAUAAUAAUGACGGCAUGGUAGAUGCGGCAUUACUCGAAUUACAAAAAAAUCAAUUGAAACCAUUUUUAAUGAGGAUUUGGGGUCCUCCGGUUGGGGUUGAAAACGAUGGGGCUGCACCACAAGGAGUAGAUGCGGCAGGUAUAGUUGGUGGUGCAACAAGGAUACUCGAACAGAUAACCAAUGUUACGGAUACGGAGGCGAAGAAGCAGGUAAUGUCACCAAUUAUUGACAAUUUCGUCGCAUUGCAGACCGACUUUACGAAACAGCUGGCGGCAUUAAGACAAAUGAGAUAUAAUUGGGAAUACGAGAAAGACCCUCUAAACAAUACUCAAGGUAAUAAUUCGGUUGAUUUGCUCGGCAGCUCGAACAACGAAGAUCCAACAACCAUCAUCGACGAAAUCCUAUUACCAAAAUCUCCAAACAAUAAUAUUAAUAUGAAUUUAAUACCUAAUGAUAUUGGAUUAAUGGAAAAUAACAAGGAUGAUAAUGAUGAUGAUGAUGAUCGUAAUAAUCAAUUGGAUGUUAAUUUAGAACUGAAUCAAUUAAUUGAAGAAAAAUAUGACAAUGAUGCAAAUGGGAGAUUGAUGAAUGAUAAACAAUUGGAAUUAGUUGAACAGAAUAAAUCUAAUAAUAAAAAUUUAACGAAUGAAUCAUUGAAAGAAAUAGAAACUUUUGAUAAAGAAAAUCAAAAUAAUAAUUCUAUUCAUACCACAAUAAUAACUUCGAAAGAAACCAUAGUAGUUGCAAAUGAAAAAGAUGAUUUCAAUUUGGAAAAAUCAAAUACGAUAGUAGAGAAAUCCAAUGAUGAUAUGAAAGGAAACAUUGAUAAUAAAAAAAUGACCAAUGAGAAUGAAAUAUCUAUGAGUGAAAAUAAAAUACAACAACAAGAGAUGGACGAUGGAAGAUUUUUACGUAACGAAACUUUGCCUGAGGCUACAAAAAAUAUUUCUCAAGAACCUUCUACUUCCUCUUUCUCCAUUUCAACCUUCUCAUCUUCCCUUCAACAAGAUACAAUCAUCGAAAUGGAUUUAAAUAAAAUAAAUGAAACAUCCAAUUCUUCAUUGAACGAAGCAACAAAUUUAGAAAUAAAUACAAAUGUUUUAUCAAACAAUAAUCAAUCUAAAACUAUAGAAUUAUUUAUGUCAGCUGUUAAAUCAUUACCUGAACAAAUGAUUGGUCCAUUUGUAGCAGCUAUGAAAAUGUUGUCACCUAAAGUUUCGAUUAAUAAUAUCGAUGACAAUGAAAGCAAUGAUUUAAACGAUACAUUGGAAUCGAUUAUUGAAAAUAAUCAAAAUGAUGAUGUAAGUGUUACGAACAAUGGGGAAAUAAAAAAUAUCAAAUCCACAAAGGAUGAUGACGAUGAAAAAAAUCAAUCCAACGAUAAUAAUGCAUUAGAAAAAGAAGAAAAGGAUUUGAAUGAUGAACAACUGAAGGAUUUUCGAGGGGUAGGUACGGAUCAAAUUGAAUUUAAUAUUGCGCUAACUAACAUGGCACAAAGCACAACGAUUACAGAUCAAACUUCAAACCUUUUUAAGGAUGACACAUCAUUAACUAAUGCACAAUCAUUGAAUCAUAAUUUUCAAUCUCCUACAAUCAUCGAUAAAUACGUGGACAUGCAUUCCGAUGUUGUUGUUGUUGUUCGAAAAAACAAUGAUCAUUCGAAUACUCAAUUGAUUCAUUUAGAAAAUCAUUUUCCAAUGAUCGAACAAACGUUAAUAAAAAAUAAUCAAUCGAUUAAAAUGAAGGAUGAACUAUCGAAUGUAAUUUCACGUAUAAUUAAUGAACAUUCCAAUGAACAAACACAUCUCAAAAAUAAAACAUCGAUAAUACAUGAAUCAGACAUCAAUGCAAAAUCAUUUUCAAAAGAAAUAAAUUCCCAUAACCAUCCCAUGAUCGAUUUAACGUUUAACGAUAACAAACACAUUGAUGAAUCUACGAAUGUUUCGAAGAAAUUAAACGAGUGUCAAAAUUUGAUCGAAUUUACAAACGAUUUGAUGCUCGAUGCACCGAUAUUGAAACCUACGAAAAUAUCUUAUGAUAAUCAUCAGUCUAAUUUAAUUGAUAUUUUUGAUAUUGAAAAUGAUUUAGAGAAUGAUAUUUUUCAAGAUUCUAACUCGUCUUUUAUAAAUUUUAAUUCUAAUCUUGAUGAAUCGUUAGGAUUAGAUUCAAAUAAUAAUAAUAAUUGUGAAAGUUUGGUUAACAAUUCAUCGUUAAAUCAAAUCAAAUCAAACGUUUCUGACGAUGAAAGUAAAAUAUUAGAAAAUAUCAAUGAUGAUGAUAAUAAUAAAUCGUGUAAUUUAAUAAAUCGUAAAGAUACAAGUGUAGAAUUUAUCAACGAAGUUAUUUUAUCACCGUUAUUAAAUGACGUACAAACAAUUCAAGAAAUGAUAACGAAUGAAAAACUUUCUUACGAAGAAUCAUCCCCUUCAACGUUCAUUCAAGAUUCUAACUUUGAUGAAAAUUCUUCGAAAAUAUUUUUACAAUCGAAUAUCAACGAUGUGUCACCUGGUAUCAUAGAAAUCAACAUAUCCGAAUCACCGAUCAUUGCUGUUAAUGAUUGUGCACCUAUCAAUGUAACCAAUGCAAAUUUAGAUUCAUUGAAAUCGAAUAAUAAAAUAAUUGAUAACAUUAAUGAGAAUUUAAAUGAUAACGUGAAUGAAAUCUGUACGAAUUUAAUAAAACCUAUACGAAUUAAGGAACGUUCUAAGUCACCUGUUAAAAAAAUUAUGAGAAGAAAAUCACCUGUUAAAAUUAUUAAGAAAAUUGGUACGAUUGUACCAAAGAAAGUAUCAACAAAAAUGAACAAUAAUCUCGUGAAAGAUAAAAACGUGAUCGGUGAAACAACGAAGAAAACAAUUUUAUCGUCAAAAAGUAUCACACAACCAAUUGAACACAGACACAGAUCUAAACAACAACGAUCAAAUGAACUUAACAAGAAAUCAAAUAAAAAUACGAUUAAAACAUUGAAUGAUAAUGAAAAGACAAUUAAAUCAAUGAAUGAAAAUUCUAAAGAAAAUAUUCAAGAUAGAACAAAAUUGAAAGAUAAACCGAUUAAAUUAAAUCAUAUAAUUUUAGGAUCAAGUAAAUUACCAAUUGCUAAUAAAACUAUUAUCAAAACUAAUUUGAAAACAACGAGUAGUAUUUCGAGCAUUGUAACAAAUGUUAAUAAAGAAAUUGUUGAAAAGGAUAAACAAUCAAUUGUAAUUAAUCGAACAGUGGUGGACAAUCAGUCGGAUAAAAAAAUUGAGAACAAAAACAACGACCAGAACGAUGACAAUGAUGACGAUGAUGAUGACGAUGAAUUUAAUUGUAGAAAGGAGAAAGAAAAAUUAGAAACUAAAGUAGAACAACGAUCUAAUAACAGUAAAAACGGUGAUGAAUCAGUUUCGAAACACGCUGAUGACUAUGAUGAUGAUGAAGAUGAUGAUGAAAAAAAUAAAGAAGAAAUGGAAGAAGAUAUUUCAGAUGUCGAAGGAUCGAGUUCAAUUUUUGAUAGUUCUUCGGAAGAGUCAGAAAAUUUUACCGUGCUAAUGAGAGAAGUUCCAAAGUCUGGUACGAAUGAAAGUAGUAACUUCGAAGACGAGAGUCUGUUCAACGUAGAAGAUCAAAUAGAAAAGACAUUGCAAGCAAUAAGAGCAGAAUUGUCAAAUUACGAGUCUGACGAAUUAGAGGAAAACGAGGAUUUCAAGGAGGAUGAAAAAGAUGCGAAAAGGAAAAUGGAAAAUGAAGAUUCUUCUUCUUUAAGUGAUGAAAUAUUUGAAGAAGCGAUAUCUGGUGGAGAGGAAUCCAUUCAUACGACAAAUAUAACAAAUGUGAAUAAAACGGAAAUUAUUGAAAAUAAUUUGAUAAAUAAAAUUGUAGAAAGUACAUCGAUCGAAGAAAUUAAUUCUAAAUCUAAAUUAGAAAAAAAUGUUAAAACGUUGCGAGAGAUUGAGAAAAAUGAUAAAAUGAAAAAAAAGAAAGAUAAGGAAAAUCUACGAGACACGAAUGGUAAAAGAUUUUCUUUGGUAGCCAGUUGUAUUCGUCGAUUCGAGGGUGAAGAUAAAACUGAAAGGAAUACUGCUACGAGAAGAGAGGGAUCUCCCAAAACGGAAAGGGAGAGAACGGCGCGUAGAUUAUUAGCCGAGGGACGUGUAUCGAAUUAUGAAGAGGCCGAAGUAGCUGCCAGUUUAUUGGCUCUCAAAUUUGGCGAUGCAGAAGCUAUACAUGCUGCCAAAGAAUGUGGUAACGUUGAAUCUGCUUUAGCAUUUUUACAACAAGAAUGUGAACUUUGUACUGGACGUUAUGCGAUGAGUCAGAUGAUAUCCAUGUUGAAAUGCACGCAUCGAUGUUGCAACGAGUGCGCGAAAAAUUAUUUCACCAUACAGAUAAGUGAUAGAAAUAUCAUAGACGCCGUAUGUCCGUUUUGCAAAGAACCAAAUUUGAGGGAUGCAAAUGAAGACGAUGUUCUAGAAUAUUUUAGUAAUCUAGAUAUUCAAUUAAAGUCACUUUUGGAUCCCCCAAUUCAUGAACUUUUUCAAAGAAAAUUAAGAGACCGUACUCUCAUGCAAGAUCCUAAUUUUAAAUGGUGUAUUCAGUGCUCGAGUGGCUUUUAUGCGGAUCCGGAACACAAAAGACUCAUCUGUCCUGACUGUAGAUCUAUAACGUGUGCGUUUUGUCGGAAACCCUGGGAAAAACAACACGAAGGUAUAACUUGCAAACAAUUCGCAGCUUGGAAAGAUGAAAAUGAUCCAGACAAUCAAGCUGCUGGUUUGGCAAAACACUUGGCUGACAAUGGCAUUGAUUGUCCCAAGUGUAAAUUUCGAUAUUCUUUAUCUCGAGGAGGUUGCAUGCAUUUCACCUGCAGUCAAUGCAAAUAUGAAUUUUGUUGUGGUUGUGGUAAAGCCUUUCUUAUGGGUGCUAAAUGCUCAACUAGUCCAUAUUGCGCUAAACUUGGCCUUCACGCUCAUCAUCCUCGCAAUUGCCUUUUCUAUCUACGCGACAAAGAACCCGCACAGUUGCAACAAUUACUCAAAGACAACGGCAUUAAUUAUGAUACGGAAGGACCGACAGGAGAAAGGAAAUGUAAAGUACAAUUGCAAAAGGAAACCCCAGGAGGUGUAGUCGAUACCAUUUGCAAUUCGGACGUCGUCGAGGGACAAGCUGGUUUAUGCAGGAUCCAUUACGUCGAGUAUCUCGUUCGAAAGAUACGUUCGAUGCAGCUGGAACCUCUUCCGCUGUUGAAUGUUGAUGAUCUCGAGACUUGCGUUAAACGAAGCGGCUUAAAGCUACCUCCAAAUUGGCAGCACUACAUUGAAUACUUGGCGGGCCUGGUACUCAAAAACAAGCUGGACCCUGUUGCCAUCUUUGACUUGAACGACGCCAAGCAAGAGUUGCGCCGACGGGGAAAAGUUCCCCCUGCGAAGGACCAGGAAAUGUCCGAACAGGAUUAUCUCCAGGCGUGUAUUCAGAUUGUACAAAAGGAAAUUCCACUGGAAUAAUAGGAAAUAAAGAUGCGAAUGAACCUUCAA